GACAACAUGUCAGAAAGCAGGUAACGUUACUGAGCUCCUGCUGGGUGGAGACUGAGCUACACAUGGUGACUGGUUUGGUCCGCACAAUCACAUAUACUGUCAGCAUGGCAUGCCUUUUAGCACUGCUGAAGACUUUGCGACAGAGAGUUGUGACAGUGACAGAAGAAGAUGACCAUUGGAGCGGCAGGGUAUUGAAAAAGUAGAGAAGAGCUCGACUGCCAGUGUUAUUUGGUAUCGCUCAGGCGGCUUUACUCAUGAACUGUGAACCGUGUACAUCAAAGAGGAAGAACAGGAAUAAGAAGAUGAGGGGGAGACGUGUGCCCUGCACAGGGAGAGAGUGAGAUUGUGAAUGAAGGUUCGGGGAGCAAGAGGAGAGGGAGGAGAUGGAGGUUUAGUAGCUGUGGGUAUUCAAAGCACAGUGUUCACACAGUGAGAGAGUGACUUACUGAACAGGGUGUCUGUCUCUGUGCCUCUCAGGCAGCUUAAAGCAGCUCUGCACUAUGCUCAACGGGAACCUCCAGAGACUCUUCCUUGUCUCUUCGUUUUCCUUGUCUGGUAACCUUCUUCUUUUUUCCUCGCUGCACCUGUCUCACUGUCAUUUGCUCUUUUUUCCUGUUCUUUUUCUGCCCACUCUGUGAGCUCCUUGUUGUUGUUUCAUCUCUGUUUUAAAGCCCCUUUCACCCGGAUCUCAAUAUCGUACCCUCCAACCUCCUCCUCCUCUCUCCCGCCCUCCCUCUUCCCUUGCGUUGUUUCCCUGUUUCUCUCUCUCUCUCUCUCUCUCUCUCUCUGUGAGGAGGGAAAACAGAAUCAGCGGCCGAGCCACAGUGACAGCACAUGCAACAGGGUGCAAACAGCACCUUCUCCUUCUGCACCUCUCCUCUCUGACUCUCAUCCCUCCCCAGAGGAAGGCUACACUGACGAAAAGACGAACCCAGGAGUUCUGCCGAGCAGGUGAAGAUCUGUUUUCCCACUCCUUUUGAUCAAGAGAUCAGAAGAGGUGGAAAAGUAAAAGAAACAGAGGAAAGAGGAGUUGAAAGAUUCUCUUUCACAACCUUUUGAAGUGAAAAGGAAGACUUAAAGAAAAAGGAGACACACAAAGACUCAGACUAGUUCAGUAGGCAGCAGAGUUGAGAAUGAAGUGAAGAUGCCACCUGUGGCACUAGUUUGAUUAAAGAACAGCCUACUCGAUCUCAGUGUGGCUGCCCUGCUUCCCACAUCUCUUUGACCACAUUUUUUUUAAACACCAAUGGCUUCCAAGAAGAAGUGGGCCGAGCGGAGGGAGUUGCGCAGGGAUCGGCCGUUCUCCACACGGGAUGAUUCAUCUGUUGCGUCCGGGACGUCUGGGCCAGGGCGUCCCACUACGAGGGGGCGUUUCUCAGAGUCAUGGAAGAGGCUCAGCUCCAGAGGGGGUUCCACCAAGAGGGGGGCGCUCAACUCUCAGCAGCCACCGGCACAGAAAUCGUGGAUAGAAAGAGCAUUCAGCAAGAGAGAAUGUGUUCAUAUCAUAGUGAGCGCCAAAGACCCCCAUAGGUGCUGUUGUGGUCGUCUGAUAGGUCAGCAUGUGGGCCUGCCCCCGGGCAUCUCAUCCAGUCAGAACGAUAAGGCAGAGCGUUUGGCCAAGAAUGACAGCCUGUCAGAGAAGUGGUCGAUCAGCAAACACACACAGCUCAGCCCCACUGAUGCCUUUGGCACCAUUGAGUUCCAGGGAGGAGGACACUCCAACAAAGCCAUGUACGUGCGAGUGUCUUAUGACACCAAGCCUGACCUGCUGCUCCACCUGAUGACCAAGGAGUGGCAGCUGGAUCUGCCCAAGCUGCUCAUCUCAGUCCACGGGGGCCUGCAGAACUUUGAAUUACAGCCUAAACUCAAACAGGUCUUUGGCAAAGGGCUCAUCAAGGCUGCCAUGACAACAGGAGCCUGGAUCUUCACCGGCGGGGUCAACACAGGGGUGAUUCGUCAUGUGGGUGAUGCACUGAAAGACCACGCCUCCAAGUCAAGGGGAAAGAUCUGCACCAUUGGCAUUGCUCCAUGGGGCAUCGUAGAAAAUCAAGAGGAUCUUGUUGGCAAAGAUGUGGUGCGUCCAUACCAGACCAUGUCCAACCCCAUGAGCAAGUUGACAGUUCUAAACAGUCUCCACUCCCACUUCAUUCUGGCAGACAAUGGCACCACGGGAAAGUACGGCGCUGAGGUCAAACUGCGACGGCAGCUAGAGAAACACAUCUCCUUGCAGAAGAUCAACACACGUAUUGGUCAAGGUGUGCCUGUGGUGGCUCUGAUCGUAGAGGGAGGCCCGAAUGUGAUCUCCAUUGUACUGGAGUACCUCAGGGACACGCCUCCCGUCCCUGUGGUGGUGUGUGACGGCAGCGGCAGGGCCUCUGACAUCUUGGCCUUUGGACACAAAUACUCUGAGGAGGGAGGCAUAAUUAAUGAGUCUCUAAGAGACCAGUUGCUGGUGACUAUCCAGAAGACUUUCACCUACAGCCGCACACAGGCCCAACAUCUGUUCAUCAUUCUCAUGGAGUGCAUGAAGAAGAAGGAGCUGAUAACAGUUUUCCGGAUGGGGUCGGAGGGUCAUCAGGACAUUGACCUUGCCAUUCUCACUGCAUUACUCAAAGGUGCCAACGCUUCAGCUCCCGACCAGCUGAGUUUGGCUCUGGCAUGGAACAGAGUGGACAUCGCCCGCAGUCAGAUCUUUAUCUACGGACAGCAGUGGCCUGUCGGUUCCCUGGAGCAGGCUAUGCUAGAUGCCUUAGUUCUGGACAGAGUGGACUUUGUCAAGCUGCUGAUUGAAAAUGGAGUCAGUAUGCAUCGUUUCCUCACACUUUCCAGACUGGAGGAGCUCUACAACACGAGACAUGGACCGUCCAACACGCUGUACCACCUUGUCAGAGAUGUCAAGAAGGGAAACCUGCCCCCGGACUACCGCAUCAGCCUCAUCGACAUUGGACUGGUUAUUGAAUACCUCAUGGGAGGGGCAUAUCGAUGUAACUACACCAGGAAGAGAUUCAGAACACUAUACCACAACCUCUUUGGACCCAAGAGGCCCAAAGCCCUGAAACUGCUGGGGAUGGAGGAUGACAUGCCCAUCCGCAGAGGCCGCCAGAAGACGACACGUAAACGAGAGGAGGAAGUGGACAUUGAUUUGGAUGAUCCUGAAAUUAACCACUUCCCUUUCCCCUUCCAUGAGCUUAUGGUGUGGGCCGUGCUUAUGAAACGUCAGAAGAUGGCGCUGUUCUUUUGGCAGCAUGGUGAAGAAGCUAUGGCCAAGGCUUUGGUAGCAUGUAAGCUUUGUAAGGCCAUGGCACACGAAGCCUCAGAGAACGACAUGGUGGAUGACAUCUCCCAGGAACUAAACCACAACUCCAGAGAGUUUGCCCAGCUGGCAGUGGAACUCCUAGACCAGUCCUAUAAACAGGACGAGCAGAUGGCCAUGAAGCUGCUGACAUACGAGCUAAAGAACUGGAGUAACGCCACCUGCCUGCAGCUGGCGGUUGCGGCGAAACACAGAGAUUUCAUCGCUCACACCUGCAGUCAGAUGCUGCUGACCGACAUGUGGAUGGGACGCCUGCGUAUGCGCAAGAACUCAGGCCUGAAGGUAAUCUUAGGCCUGCUUCUGCCGCCGUCCAUCCUGAGUCUGGAGUUCAAAAACAAGGAUGAGAUGUCUUACAUGCCCCAGGAUCAGGAGGCCUACCUGCAGGAGAAGGAGGAGGAGGAGCCUGAGAAACCAGUCAAGGAGAAGGAGGAGGAAGACAUGGAGUUCACAGUAAGAUCUUACUGUGAGGCGCAGUACAACUCCGUGGCAAUGCUGGGUAAAGUAACCACAGAGACAUCCAGAAAGAAGGAUGUUGAGGAGGUUCAAAACCGCCACCGCCUCAUCCCCAUGGGACGCAAGAUAUACGAGUUCUACAACGCUCCAAUUGUCAAGUUCUGGUUCCAUACGAUGGCAUACGUGGGCUACCUGAUGUUGUUCAACUACAUCGUCCUAGUCAAGAUGGACCUGUGGCCCUCUGCUCAAGAGUGGAUCGUCAUCGCUUACAUCUUUACCAACGGCAUUGAAAAGAUGAGAGAGAUACUGAUGUCAGAGCCUGGGAAGUUGUUACAGAAGGUGAAGGUGUGGCUUCAGGAGUACUGGAACAUCACAGACCUCAUGGCCAUCCUCAUAUUCUCUGUCGGCAUGGUCCUGCGUCUCCAAGAGCCACCUCUCAUGAGCUACGGGCGGGUCAUCUAUUGUGUCAACAUUAUCUAUUGGUACAUCCGGCUGCUGGACAUCUUUGGGGUCAACAAGUACCUUGGUCCCUAUGUGAUGAUGAUUGGCAAGAUGAUGAUCGACAUGAUGUAUUUUGUGAUCAUCAUGUUGGUGGUGCUGAUGAGUUUUGGGGUGGCGCGUCAGGCCAUCCUAAACCCUAAUGAAGACCCGUCCUGGAUGCUAGCUAGGAACAUCUUCUUCAUGCCUUACUGGAUGAUCUACGGAGAGGUGUUUGCCGACCAGAUUGACCCCCCCUGUGGGCAGAACAUCACUACAGAGGAUGGGGGUGUGGUGGCCCUGCCUGCCUGUAAAACGGGUGCCUGGAUUGUCCCUGCCAUCAUGGCAUGCUAUCUGCUGGUGGCCAACAUACUGCUGGUCAACUUACUCAUAGCUGUGUUCAAUAAUACAUUCUUCGAGGUGAAGUCCAUCUCCAACCAAGUUUGGAAGUUCCAGCGCUACCAGCUCAUUAUGACCUUCCAUGAGCGCCCCGUCCUUCCUCCACCCCUUAUCAUCUUCAGUCACAUAACUAUGGUCCUCAAGCAUCUGUGUUGUCGCUGGCGCAAGCAGGACGACGACGAGAGGGACUAUGGACUGAAACUCUUCAUCACAGAGGAUGAGCUGAAGAAAGUCCAUGACUUUGAAGAGCAGUGCAUAGAAGAGUACUUCAGAGAGAAAGAUGACCGAUUCCACUCUUCCAAUGAUGAGAGGAUCAGAGUCACGUCUGAAAGGGUGGAGAAUAUGGCAAUGCGUCUGGAAGAAGUGAAUGAAAGGGAACACUUCAUGAAGGCCUCACUGCAGACUGUUGACAUUCGUCUGGCCCAAAUGGAGGAGUUGAUUGGGCGAAUUGCUGUAGCACUGGAGCGCGUGACUGGUGUUGAGCGAGGUGAGGUCAACAAAGUGCGUUCCCGGACUUCAUCUGACUGCACAGACUCAGCAUACAUACUCCGCCAGGGUGAGUGCCCAGAUGCAGCAUACAUCCUCCGUCAAAGCAGCUUUAACAGCACAGAAGGUAAUGCCUAUCGCCUGCAGGAGGCACUGGAGGGAACAGCUGAAGGCUCCAUGUCCCCUCCUUCUCCUACUGGCAUGGCUACACGGACAAGAAGCCACUCCUUUUAUGUUGGAGGCGGUCGUGGUGGUGAACGUGCAAGUGGAGCUGAACGAGCCGAGAGCUUCUUCAAGGAACGCUCACUCAGUCUGCACCGAGCCAACAGCUCGCAAUCCGUGUCCUCAACUGCCGCCACCAAGGAGUCUAAGCCCCUCCCCUUGGCGACGCUGUCAGUCUCCCAGCAGCACCGUCCAUCGUCAUGCAUUGAUAUCUAUGUCUCAACUUCUGAGGAGGUGGGGCCUGCAGAAGUCUUUCUGGAUCCUCUCCGUAUGGUCCCACAGCUCCAGAGAGACUCCUCGCUGCAGUCGGAUACUAUGGAGACGGUGCUGCCGGGAGGCCGGGACUUCAGCAGCGUUGCCACCAGCGGUAUGGGCGAUAGGCACUCGGAGGACGGCGCAGGCAGCAGCGGAACAGCUGGAGCCAUUUUUGAUGACAGUGCAGCUGCUGAUUUGUCAUUGUGCUCAGCUCACCUCUUACCAGACACCACUUUACCUCCUUGGGACAUGGAACCUUCCCCACCUCCCUCGGCAGGGCUGCUUGAGCGCUCUAAGAGCAGCCGCUACCUCUCUACAGCAGGCACAGCAUUCCUGGAUGAGCCUCCUCUGGUCAAGUCCCACAGCCUCAUGUUCACACCAAGAGGCUGCUACAGUGGUCUGGGGGCAGGGGUCCAGGUAAAAGCAGCAGAGUACACCAGCAUCACUGACUGCAUCGAUACACGCUGUGUCUCAGCUCCAUACACUCCUGCAGAACGCUCACACUCUCCCGGAGGAUGCACCUCCUUCCCCUUUGAUAAGCCCUCAGAUAUUGGUUCCUCUCACCCAGAGAGAGAGGCAGAGCUUAGUCACACAGAGUCUGAUCCAGAGGACCCUGAGGACUUGAUUCCGGCCCCUGAUACCCCUCGUCUAGGGGGCCUUAGCGGGCCCAGUGGGGCCCCUCUCUGCUCCCCCUUCUCCAGGCUGGAGCGAGCAAACAGCUGCUCCUCAGACGACUCCCAUCCUUCCCUCACACUGGCCCCUCCGCACCGGAAGAGCCUGUCGGUGAGUGAGAGGAUGGAGAGGGGACCGGGUCUGGGGGCAGACAGGGGGCCUGGGCCAGGGGGCCGGGGUCUGGCAGGAACCAGAAACCCCUUCCUCAGGAGCAAGUCUGGAGCACGGCCUGAAACAGCUAAGACUGACAGCCUCUCCAUGAGAAAGCUGGCCACUCCGUCAGCUUUCCGCAGCUUCGAUAGACAAAACUAUACGUGACAAGAACACUGGUCAGCACACUCACACACUGAUUGGACCAGGGAGGAAAACUGAGAGGGCCAAGGGCAAAAGUGAAAGCAGGGUGAAGUUGCCCAUAGAUGCUGAUCUGGACCAGAUCUACAGUUUUAUAUACUUACGUUUUAGGUUAGAAAAGGUGAUAAAAGUUUAUUUAUAGUCAGCGCUGGAGGGCAACUUUACCCUGGAUCAGGAGUCAGUGGGAGAAGGAUGUCAGAUGUAGGGGUCCUAUUGUACACCAGUCAAAAACAAAGAGCUAUGAAUCUAGAGUAGUUUUUACCUCCUCUUGUAGCUAAAUAACUCUCAACGGGGUGUUAUGGCAAUGGAAGGUGUAUUUGUACUGUAUGUCUUCCACCCACCACCUUUAUGUCAAGUAGACAUCUGUCACUGUGUUACAUCACAUAUCAAUCACGUUAGUCAGAGAAAGUGUACUGUUACUCCUAGCUGCAUUAAAAGGUAGAAACUGUCAAGUCUGAGCGACAAAGAGAGAGGAGAAAGAAAGAAAAAACAGCCACCUCAUUUUGUCUUAGCAUAGAGUCAUUACUGUCGCAAAUCUUUCGCUUUAAAUACAUUUUCCUCUCUUCAUAUAAUCCUAACUCCACUCUGUAAGACCCCAGCACUAGCAAUCAGAAAUAAGCUAACAUUUCUGGCCCACUUCACAAAGGAAUCAAGGAAGUUCUUGGAACCAUCAGUAACUAUUUCCCCUCUUGGUUGCAUCGGAAAUGAUUGCUCUAACAUGGCAACAACUUACCUCUGGAUACACAAACACACUUUUCAAAUAAUAGAUAUGUAUCUCUUUAUUCAAAGGAAUAUCAAAUUUGCCUUUCAUUGUCUUUUGUAGCAUAAUUUACCUACAAAACAUUUUUUAUUUCUUUUGUCAGUUCAACUAUAGAAAGAAAGCAGUGUUUGAACAUAAUCCUGUCAAAAGGUCAUUACUCUAUAACCUGUCUCCAGGCAUGGCUGUCAAGUGGAACAGUAAAAUAUGUGUUUAAUUAGCCACGUGAUUAGAGUGAAAAGCUCGUUAUCAUGAACAAAUGAGAGAGGAAAUGUGUGACAUGAAGACUGAGAUUAGGUGACAUCCGGUGUUACAGCUUAAUGUUGGGGGCAGCACUGAGUCGAGGUAUAAAUCUAAAGCAGGAAAAUAACAGGAUGAGGAGACAGAAGAGUUUAAAUGAUGAUGAUGUUUGCACACACACAUACGCUGUCAGUGAAAUCUUACACAAUAUGAAAAUAAACUCUAGUUCAGACCUGAUCGCUGAGAGCUUUAACAAGUGCAAUUGACAGAAGAAAAAUGGGGACAAGAAGGCACAUUGAGCCUAUUUCAGAAGCAAUGCUUGCUGAGUGAACCAGAUAUGAACCUUGUUUGCCUGCACCUGACACCAAAAAUCUUUACACCUAACCAAUCAUUGCUCUCUUGUAGCCCAGCCUUCCUCCUUCAGGAUUUGGCAGUGGUAUUAACGUUGCAAUGGUUUUACAUCCACCUACACCUAAUGGAUCCGUCCUUCAUCUGUUCCGUAACUGUCAUUCAUUUGCUUUUCUCCUUUUUUUCUUUUCUUUUUAUUUAAUUGCGUUCAAAGCCAGCACCUGCAAAAGGAGAAUUUAAAAGGAAGCAAAUGACCGAUGACUAAGCCCAUUAUAAAUCAUAUACAGGUCAAGAAGGGUUCCUAAAGAAAGAGCUAAUUUAUGAUUUUUAAAGCUUGACAUAAGCUGUAAAGUAUAUGCAUUAUAGCUAAGAAAUAUGAAAGAUGUGCAUUUUAAGUGGCAUGCAGGAUGAAACAUGGUCUUUUUAAUAUUCUAAGAUGAAAGCCAGAUCAGUGUUUAAAAUUUUUCUCAUUUUUUUAUUCUGAUGGAAAAAGUCUGGUGGGAGGAAGAGGCCCUACUCUGAUAGCUUUGUAAAGAUAAGCGAAAUUAACAGAAUUCUUACAGAUUUUUUUAUGUUUCUUUUUAU